GGUGUUCUCCUCUACGGCAAUCAUCGCGACAGCCUGGAACUGCAGUUCCUCUCCCUGCAAGCAUCUCUAGCUGCUGACAAGGCCUCCGCCCCCUUCGCCUCCCUCCUCACACCCAUCUUCCUCCCCCUUGCUGCCAACACACCUGCUUCGUCUCCUGCCACCCCCCCUCCUCCUCCCGCGCUCUCUCUCCUCUGGGACCCCUCCUCCUCCUGCUGCGAUCCCAACUCCUCCGCUGCUGCCCCUCCCUUCCCCCCGUCCACCACGCUAGUAGUGCUGGGUGGAGAAGCAGUAGGGGAGGUGCGAGUGCUGGCAGGCCCAACAUCAGCUUCCCUCACCUCGUCCCCGUCCUCCUCCUCGCCCUUCUCUCCACUGCAAUGGCACCGCUCUGCACCGGAAGACACACUACCAGACGCAGCACAAGAAACAAUGCAAGGCGAGGCUGCACUGCCUGACUUGGAGCUGCUAUCGCCCUUGGUGGCCCGCUUGAGCCAGCAGGCAUCGCGCCAUGCCAUCAUUCCCUACAGCAUGAAGUGGUCUCGAGAGCUCGACUUCCUCAAGCGCAGAGCGUUCCCCCUUCUUCCAUCACCAUCACCAUCACCCUCAGCAUCACCAUCGCCAAUGCCAGCAGCACCUGCCCUUCUCUUCUCUCCCCUCAUCCUCUCGCAACCUCUUACUGCUUCGGAUAGUCACAACCACAGCAGCAGCUUCUCACAGCUGCCUUGGCCUUCCACAUCAAGCCCUACUCUUGACAGCCCUUCUGUUGUGUUACAUAAAGCAACGGACGAGAUCGUCCAGGUGGACGCAUCAAUGGACGGGGUUCAUCUCACAUUCUCACAGCCCUUCCAACACCUUCUUGACCAUUGCAGCAGCAGCUCGGGCAGCCUCAAAAUAAUCGACCCAUUGCCCGCAGUUCUCCCGUUAACUGACCGAGUGAAAACACUUUCUCUCCUCUCCGAUCUGCUAGCCACCACCAAUGAUACUGGAAAUCCACCCGCUUCACCUGUUCUCCGGGUUCCGCGUUUUGUACAGGUGCCGGACAUAAGGCAGACGGCAGCAGUGCUGGCAGCAAUGGCAGCAGUGGGGGUGCGCCUUCCAGUCAUAGUCAAGCCGCGCAUUGCAUGUGGCGCUGCUGCCAGCCAUGCCAUGGCAAUUGUCUUUUCGGAAGAUGCCUUUGCCACACUGUCGUUGCCAUCUCCCUCGGUUAUCCAGGAAUACGUGGACCACGGGGCCUGCCAGUUCAAGUGCUACGUGCUGGGCGAGGCUUUUUUCGCUGCUGAGAGGCGCAGCACUCCCGACGCUGCACCGCUGCUGCUGCAGCAGCAGGGACAGGCGCACGGGAAGGUAGGGCAGCAGCAGCAGGAGGAGGAGGAGGAGCAAAGGGCGAAGGUAUCAGCGGCACCAGCAGCGAUCUCGUUUGACAGCCUCAAGUCCCUCCCCAUGGCCUUCCCAAGCCAGCCCAGCGAGCAGCAGCAGCUACAGCAACCACCAUUGCCUCCCCUUGGAGUCGUGGGUGGUUUUAACGAGGCUGUGGCGCGCCGUGCAGCUGACCUGCUGCGCUCUGCUCUCGGCCUCACACUCUUUGGCUUCGAUGUCCUCGUGCAGGAGGGCACAGGAGAGCACGUGGUGGUGGACGUGAACUACUUCCCCUCCUUCAAGGACGUGCCAGACCACCUCGCCAUCCCGGCCUUCCACACCGCCUGUGCUUCCCACCUCGUGUAG